AUGGAUCUCACCUGGACAAAAGGUGUUCUACAGUACCUUUCACCAGAAAUGAGACUCCUGCUCUCCCUAAAAUGUCCCCAACUCCUCCCCAUCGACCGUUCCACCCCACUCCGUAUCCACACCUUCCACAUCGAUCCCCUCCAACUUCAAUUCAACAAGACAACCUUCAAAUUGGGAAUUAUUCGUCAUUUCCACCAUGCAACGGAGAGAAAUCUCGAUUCAGAAGGUGUCCAACACGACGUCGACCUCUUCGGACUGGAAAAACAGUCUCCAGAAUUCGAUUUGACUUCUGGCGAGUAUUUGAUAGUGAAUGUAGCGCCAAAAAACACCGAAAUGAAGUCUCGUAUCGAUUCUCUCAACGUCGCUCAGAUGUCUAAACGGAUCCGUGAGAUUCAGGGGGUCCCCGGGAAGGAGGCGGAGCUUAUGGACCUCAAGAACAAGAUUUUACCAUUUGAGCUCAAGGAGGAAGGCGAGUACUCCCUGAUACCGUAUACCCACUACCUGAAGCUUACUGUAACUACUGGUAACUCGAAAUAUACGGAACGCGUGGAUUACUGUAAGUCUAUCCAGGACGGCAUGAAGUAUCUGACAUGGAAACUGUUGGAGGGGCGUGGCCUAUCAGUUGGGACUCUAAAAAUGCAUGCGGAAGGAUUCUACCGUAUCCCUGAGAGCCUAUCGAUCCAUACCAAUCAUCUAGAUGUCCAUUUGAAGCACACGGACUCCUUGAAUUCAAUUUUCCCGCUUCUCGCCGACUCGUCCUUCCCACUCCACUCGGUUACAGUAUACCAGGAGGCGGAGCUUCAUAAUCCGAUCGUCCAGAGCUCUCAGAUGAUUGUGGUGGCUCCGCGAGCAGAGACGCUCCAAUUGGAUCGUCUCAACCACCAUCGAGUACACAUCCGAUGGAGGAGUAUUCAGGAGGAUAAGGUGACACGGCUUGUGAAAAAGUGGGUGGAGCUUAAAAAGGGGGCGGGGACUAUGUACACUUUCGUUGUGCACGAUGAUGUGGAUAUCGCAUCGGUUAUGGAAGAGAUUGCGGCGAUGCGAGGAGCAAAAACGGAUAGUGGAGAAGAAGACAAUUAUCUCCCCCGACAAGUAACGCUUCCGAUCAGCACCUCAUCCAAGCUGUGUGUCUACUGGGCGGAAGAGGCGGAAGGCGAACAGUGGACACUUUUUCUUCAUAUCCAGGAUGUUUAA